CACGCUGUGAUCGCCGAUUCGGACCUUGCUUGACUGAGCUGCUCGGAAAUGCUUGCAAACUUUGUGUUGUUAUCCCAUAACUCCACCUUUACUUCUCUAAGAACAGUGAGAUAACUAAGUCUUUUUGCAUCCCAGAGAUUGGAGCGAAGGGCUAAGUAAGCUGACUGUUUGCCCCUUGGUUAAUAGCAUGCGACUGUGAGUUUUAAAGUUUGGGGCAAAGUCGUGCGUUUACGUUACUACUAGAAGGGCUUCUUAUCUCGAAGCAGAGACUCAGAAGGAGAGACGAGAUAAAUACUGUUGGUUUUAUGAUCCAAGAGCAUAAAUAUGGAUCCAAUGGAGGAAGAUGAAUCAGGGACAUUCACUCUGAAGAUAAAGUCGCGAUCCGAUGAGCAUGAGGGCACUCAGAAGAAAACAUUCACAAAGUGGAUCAAUAUACAACUUUCCAGGGCAGGGAACAAUGUGCGAGUGGGUGACCUUUUCAAUGACCUGAAGGAUGGUACUAUAUUGAUAGCACUAUUAGAAGUCUUGACGGGAAAGAAGAUCAAACGUGAGCGAGGAAACAUGAGGCUCCAUCAUCUGAACAAUGUCAAUAAUGCAAUGAUGAUACUUGAGGAAAACGAUAUCCGUCUGAUCAACAUCAGCAAUAAUGAUAUCGUGGACGGGAACCACAAGAUGACGCUAGGCCUGAUAUGGAGCGUCAUCGCACACUUCCAGCUCAAUUUUGCACUUCAAUUCCUGAUGGACGAAGAGGGUACUCCCGAAGAGGUGCUGCUUAGCUGGUGUCAGAAUACCACCAAAGGGUACAAGGGGGUCAGCGUGACCAACUUUACCACAAGCUGGCGUGACGGCCUCGCUUUUAACGCAGUCAUACACAGAUACAGACCCGAUUUGUUUAGCUACGAUGCACUCGUAGGCAGCAGUCCCAUGAGCAAUUGCGAGCAUGCAUUCAAGGUAGCACGUGACUCUCUGGGGGUGGACAGCCUGCUGGACGCGGAGGAUGUAGUGCGUGACAGACCGGACAAGAAGUCCAUUAUCAUGUACGUGACCAUGUUGUGUCACAAACUCUCGCCGCUAAAGAUGGGUGCCGAUAAUGGGGGGCAUGGCGUGACAGUCACGCGUAACGGUCGCGUAACACAGCAGACAACCACAAUGGAGAUGACCACCCGCCAGUCAAGCACUGUCAAGAGAACAAUCAAUACAUCGUACUCAAGCGACGGGCAAAAAUACGUGAAGACAAGCCACGAAGAGCAUGACGGGGAACCUGUCAGAUACGUCACCACGGCAACCACUAUUGUCAAGGAGCCGCCCACCAGCUCUGAGAGACCGUCAUCAACAGUGGUCGAAAGAAUUCUCGAAAAAAGACCGGAUUCAUUCAUCCUAGAGACGGGCAGCGUCCGUGACUCCGUGGGCUCAUUCUCGGAGUCUAAUCGGGACUCGAUGGCAGAUCGGGACUGGGAGGACUACAAUGCGCAGCUGCAGGAAGUUUUGACCUGGCUGAGGGAGGCUGAGACCAAGCUAAGUAACCAAGCCGACAUUUCCACUGACGUGGAUGUCGUCAAGGACCAGUUCCAUGAUCACGAGGACUUCAUGAUGGAGCUGACGUCACACCAGGCGAGUGUGGGCGGAGUACUGGAGUUCGGCAAUCAGCUCAUCAGCGAGGGCGUGGUCACGGAGAAGGAGGAGAACGAGAUACGUGACCAGAUGAUCUCGCUGAACGAGAGAUGGGAAUCGCUAAGGAUUACCUCCAUGGAGAGGCAGACCAGCUUGCACGAGCAAUUGAUGAGCCUUCAACAGCGACAGAUCGACCAGCUGGCGGAGUGGCUCGAUAAGGCGGAGAAGAUCAUCGAUGGUGCUGAGGAGCUGGGAUCAGACAUGGAGGCAGUGCGUCAACAGGUGGAACAACACAAGAAAUUUCAAGAAAAUCUGGAGCAGCAACAGCAGAAAGUGAAUUCGCUGACCCACAUGGUUGUGGUUGUUGAGGACAAUGCCGCCGAGAAUGUGACCGCAGACCUAGAGGAGCAGCUCGCUGUGUUGGGCGAGAGAUGGUCUGGCGUCUGCCGAUGGACUGAGAUGCGGUGGAGUAUUCUCCAGGAAGUCCUUAGCAACUGGCAAGAGUACCGGGACGAAGAGAAGCGUCUCGCCGCCUGGCUCAUGGAGAAGGAGAGAGAAAUAGAGGAUCUCAAAACAGUGGACCUCAGUAGUUUGGAUGACGUGAGGACCAAUCUCGAGCAGCUAGUGGCCCUUGAGCAAGAGAUGGAGGCACAACAGGCGACUUUCGGCACAUUCAACCUGGCGGCGGAGCGCGUAGCGGAGCAUCUUGACGAGGAUUCAGACGCUGUGAUGAACAUACAAGACAGGAUGGAGGACUUUAAUGACCAGUGGAACAAGAUUACUACUGACACCGCAAAUAGAAUUACAUUGCUUAAGGCAAUAGAACCCAGGCUGCAACACGCGAAGAGUGACAUGGACGAGAAAGUGCAGUGGAUAACAGAUACAGAAACUCUGCUAUUGUCGCCUAACGUCAACUUUAACGAAGACGCGAUGAGUAGCGAAGAGCUUCACUCGCAGUUAUCUCUGAUAGAGUCCCUGGAGAGUACCAGAAAGCACCGCGCGCCUAGCGUGACCGCGCUCCAGAAGAAGUGUGAGGAGAUCAAGGAGCAUUGUGGAGCGAACAAGACCGCGCCCAUAGCCAUGGAGCGCGACCUGAAGGUGUUCUUGGAGAAAUGGGAGCACGUGGCGAAGUUGAUAACUGAUGAGAGGGCCAAGGCAUCUAUGGCUAAGCAGCGUCGUGAUGUGUUGGACAUCAGCGGUAAAAUAGAGUCUGUCCUAAAGGAUGUAGAGCGCUUCAUUGAUCGCAUGGGUGAAGUACCCGCCAACGACUACGAGAUCAAAGUGCAGCAGGACCAAUGCAAGAGCAAGCUGGAUGAGAUGAAUGCCAACGAGUACAACUUGACCAAGAUGAAGGAUCUAUCCAAGGGACUCUCAAAGGACGACAAACAUGCGCCCGCAUUACAGGCAACUGUCAAGCGGCAAGACGAGCGUUGGACGAGCAUGCGUAGUGCGCUGGAGGAGCGUAAGCGAGAGCUAACUGUGAUACUUGAGUCUGGCCCUCCCAAGCAGUACUUGAACACUAUGGACUCAGUGUUGCUGACUAUCAAGAACAUCGAGAGCGUGUUGUCAGUCGAAUUCCUCAUCGGUGAAUUGAAGACAUUGGAGGAACAGAUGACCAAAUAUAAGCAACUGCAGUCCAACAUGCAAGACCAGAAGAAGAAUCUGGACUACCUGAACACAUCAGGAGACAAGUUUAUGAAGACUCUACCACGACAAAAGCUCGAGCAGCUACGGACCAAGCUGAACGACCUGAACAACAAGUGGAAGGACAUUAGUGUGCUAGCGGAGAAACGACAAACACAGGUGCAUAAAGCCAUCAACCAGAACAAGCAGUUUAGUGAGGAGAUAAAGGGGCUUCACAAGUGGAUCAGAGAGGUCAACGGUUUCUUGAAGGACCAAGUCCCAGCGGCAGGCGACCCGGAAACGCUAGAGGCUCAGCUAGACCAAAGCGAGGCUCUGCAAGGCGACAUUUCCAAGCUUCAGCGAAAACUAGAUUCCCUCAACGAGACCGGAACCUACAUGCUCAGCAAAGCUGAGUCGACCUAUGCCUCGAGAUUGCGUGACCAACUCGAUGACGUGACAGUUCGCUGGGAUGCGCUUGUUCGUCUUGCAGGGCGCGUAAAGGACAACCUCAUGGCCGCACUUGAGAAGUACCAGAAGGUGAGCCAUGACAUGAAAGAAAUGAGUCAUUGGAUCAUUCAGACGGAGAGAUCCAUCGCCGAUGAUGAUCGUGACAUUGCAAGUGGCGAGAUCACCAAUGAGAAGAUGGAUCAUUACAAGGAUCUCCAGCAGGACAUCUCGAAGCGUGCACCUGUCGUCGUGCGGAUCAACACGACCGUAAACCAGCUCGUCGACAAAACCAAGCAAGGUAGCUCAGGCACAUUGGUGGAGAACCUGAAAAAGCUGAACAGUGACUGGGCACGACUCAAGAAUAAGGUCGCGCAAAGGCAACACGAGUUCAAGUUGACUAAAUCUGAAAUGGAACAGUUCAAUGUCGCCAUCAAACAUGACUACCAGCAGAUGAGCGAGAUAGAUCGCGUGACAGAACGAUGCUAUGAUAGCCUGAAAGGAUCCGAGACCGACAUUGAAGACGCUCUUAGGAACCUGAAUCGCCUGCUGACCGGCCUAAAGACCACCGGGAGUGGAUCAGUGCAGGAUGUAGCCGCUGGUCUGAUCAACAAGAACAUCGCGGCAGCAGUAGUACGGAGACAGAGAGACGAAUAUGUGGAACGGCUAAACUCCAUGAGUGCACGUGUGGAUAGGACGAAACAGGUUCUCAAUGGAGAGCUGAGCAAACGGCAGCAACUAAAGAAAGACUUUGAGGUCAUUCGGAUCUGGAUAACAAAGAUCGAGGUUCUUAUCUCAUCUAAACUCACCUCCACCGAGACCUUGGACGAGCGGGAGCUCAAGAGUUUGACUGAAGAAUUCUCCUCCAACAAAGAACUGCUCGCCUCAAUCGAGAAAACCUGCCGAGAACUCGACCAAGCAACCCAGGGUACGAACUAUGCCAAGCUGCUUCGAGAUCUCGAGCACUUUAAGACCAAAUGGGAAACUGUACACACGAAAUUUGCUCAUGUACGAGACCAGCCGAUGAAGAAACUUGGUAGCGAGUUCGAGACUGUCACUGGUGAAUUACUAACACAACUGGACAAGAUAUCGAGGGGCGUUCGUAAAAUAAAGCUCGUAUCUGGAGAUCCUCGGGAUAUACAAAGUCUGAUUGAACAGUGCUCGUCGUACCGCGCGGAGCUUGCGAACAUCAAGAAGGACGUCGAGCAGGUGAAGAAGAUCGGGCAACAGAUAAUCGAGAAGAGCCCAGAAGAAAAGAAGAGCGGAGUGGAAAGAAGAGUCGAGGAGGUUGAACAUGAACACGUGGAGCUCGAAAAGAAAGUCCAGAAGAAGGUGGAGAAUUUCACCGAGGCCCUGAAGCUUUCUGAACGGCUCGAGAAUGACAUGACCAAACUUGAGACGUGGCUUGAGGAAACUAAGACUGAGGCCAAGCGACGGGCCGACGUGGGCUUCCCUGACGACAUCGACAACGACAUCAAGUGGAACAAGAGCAUCAUAAAAGAGGUCACGUCUCGGCUGAGCGAGGUGCAGCGACUGACGGAACUCGGUCGAGAGCUGGUGGAUCUUAGUGAGACCGGGCAGCUUGAGUCUCUCGAGGAUCGUCUGACGCGCAUCAACAACACGUGGGAGGAGCUGAGCUCAUUGCUAGAACACAGGUUGACUCUUCUCCCGAAAUACAAGACACAGUUGAAAGAUUUCGAGAAGCUGGUUGACCAGCUAAACAGCUGGUUAGACAAGAUGAAUAAAGAGGCGGACGCCGUAGACAUGUCCAGACCCGACGAGGCUCGUGAGAGAAUCCAGUUGCUACAAGAGGACGUAGACAAACACGAGUCGCAGUUCCAGAUCGUUCAACAGAAGACGAACGAGUUCGUGUGUCACGGCCGGCCAAUAAUGGAGCCCUACAGAAGGCUGCUUGACCGCAGAUGGGACGAGUUGACGGGCAAGAUGGACGACCUAGAGGAGGAGCUCGAGCACGUCAAGCAGGGAAAGGGGGCGGCUGUAGAAACAGAGAAAGCUUGGUCAUCAAAGCCUGUUGACACUCGCAUGUACACAUACGAAUCGCAUGGUCCCUACGUAUCAAAGGUUACUGUUAGGGAGCGGAAGGUCGUAAAACAGGGGGGAGUGACAGAGGAAGUUCUCACCACCUCAGAGCACGUGAUCUCAGAGACAGGAGUCCCGAUGCUGGAGGAAACGCUUACAACGCGCAGAACGUACUCUUUUGAUCCUGAGGAUGACGUGGACGAUCGACUCAACGCCAUCUUCGCCGAGAUUGAGGACUUAGAGAGACUGCUCCGCGAGAUCGAGAACCCCCGCAAAGAGGGUGUGGACAGCCACGAGGUCACCCCUCGGAUUAAGCAAGCAGAGGAUCGCCUAGACAAGCUUCAGCCGCGCGUGGAGUCCAUACUUCACGAGAGCAAGUCAUCUAGCGGUCGCGAGACGCCUAAAAGCAUGCGCAGACGUCAAUCGCUCCUGGAUUUGUCGGGUCGCUGGCUCAAGGCGUGCGAUGCUGUGGACAAAAACAAACGCGCUAUUAAGGUCGUGCCAAAUUGGUACCAAUUCACGAGUAACAUUGAUGACAUGAACGCUUGGCUAAAGAAAUUGGAAGACAGUGGGCGAGACAACAAUCCAGAACUACUAGCCAAGGAUCUUCGUCCCGGCGAGUUAGAAGAUCGUCGCGCGAAGUACGACAUGAUCUGCGGUGAGCUUGACAAGCUGGAGCGAGAGGGCGUGGAGAUCAUGUCACCCCAAGAGAUCAGCCGUCUGCGGGUCAGACUACGAGAGAUACUGUACAGGCUCGAGGUGUACAAGAAACCACCGGGAGACGUCGCGUCAUACCGGAUCGUGGUGCAUACGAAUGACGUCAAAGACGCAGACACCCGUGCGCAUGUGUCGUGCGUGUUGUAUGGCGACCGCGGCAAGACCUCACCUGAGAUCAAGCUUAGCCAAUCAGAGACCUACAACGUGCCGUUUGGCCGCGACCAGCUGGAUGUUUUCCAGGCCAAUGAUCUGCCCCAUGUGGGAGACCUCGGCAAAAUAAAGAUCUGGCAUGAUAACUCUGGUCCUAAGCCUGCGUGGAAUGUCAAGAGCAUCUACGUGGAAGACAGACUGACGGGCAAGGUCUACUGCUUCGACUGUAACAAGUGGGUGGGGCGAGACCGACCUGGCGAGUCACGUGAUGUCAAGUGUGUGGGAUUCACCGUGCCUAAGAAUGGCGAGGACAUCAUGACAAAGCACCGCCUUGCGCAUGUGCGAUGGAAGACGACCCUUGUCACAGGCGCGCCCGCGGACACCGUGUGGCCAGUGGUCGAGGAAAUAACCCGCCUUUCCGAUGACGUACGUGUGAUCGAGAAGCUUCUGUCGUCCUCGGAACUGCAGGGAGCGGACUAUGAAGACUUCUCCAGCCAGGAGGACAAACUCAAGGUUAUUGCUGAGAAACUCGAGGAGCUGGAGACGAAGGCGUCUGACGUUUUCAACCGAAGCGAGAACCUGACGCCAGACAAGUGCAGCGAGAAGGAAUACGACGCUGUCAAGCGUGCCGCCAGUAAAUUGCGCUUGGAUUGGAACACCGUCAACAAGGACUACAAGACGCGCAUGGUCAGAUGGGAGAAGGCGCAAACCGUAUGGCGGGCGUUCCAUUGCGAUCUUAAGGACCUGACGUCAUGGUUGAAUCGCGUAGAAAGAGUUCUGGCGGAUACCAAGAUGCCGAGCGGAGACCUGAACGUGGACGCCGCCAUGGCCGAACAGAGGAGCAUGGAGGACGGCAUCGCGACCCACCAGGGGACAGUCACGAACGUGAACACCAUGGGAGAGGAGAUUAUCAGCCAAUCAAACGCUAUCGAGGCCAAGCUGUUGCGUGACAAGCUUGGCGCCCUCAGCCGGCGAUGGAAGGAUGUGUGUAGCGAGGUGGCCGACAGGCGAGAUCGGUUCAAAGAAGAGGAAAUGCAGAUCCAGGAGUUUAUGGAAGAGAGUGGUGAGCUGCUGCAAUGGAUGGACGAUACCGAGGCUGUGCUGAAGACGAAAGACUUGUCUGCCGCGGACGAGGACGCACUGGAGGAACUGCUCGACAAAGUCAAGGAAGUUGAGCGUGAGAUCGAGGCUAAGGAUGACACGGUCAAGACGACCAAGGCGACAGGAGAGAGACUGCUGACCAAGACUGUCUUCUCAAAGCCCAACCACGACAUGGUCCGUACCCGCCUCGAUCUGGUGCUGGCGCGCUGGGAGAUACUGCGAAUGGACGGGCUGACGCGCAAACGCGCACUGGAUUCAAAACUUAGCAAGUUGAACCAGUUCAUGAACGAGCUUGAGGAGCUCUCCCUAUGGGCGUCGACGACACGUGACAUGGUGGAGACUCAGGCCAAUCUGAUAGAGGCGGGCAGCGCGGAUCAGACGGUGGUGGACGUCAAGUCUGUACAGGAGUCCUUAAAAGACCGCCAGAGAACACGUGACAACCUAAACGAUGCCAUGAGUGCCUUCAGACGGGAGAGCAAGCUCGAGUCUACCCAGAUCCCACGGUCACUCGAGGACAAGUUUAAGCAAUUGACAGAAGACUGGGCACGAAUAAGCUUACUCCUUACCAGGCUCUUCACCGCCAAAACGAGGACCCCAGUGAAGGAGCAGGUUCAAGUUGCUGCGGCACCCCGGGCCGAGGCACCCCGGGUCGAGGCAGCCGUGGACGGCUGGACGGAAGAGGAUCGCUCAUCCCCGUGGCCUAAGUUCGACAAGGCUGUGUCGGAACUCCAUAUAUGGCUUGAUGACGUGUCUGAUAUGAUGAAAGCCGAGAAGGUGGUCCUGGGAGAUAGUGACGACAUGUUCGCACUCGCCGAGAAACAGAAGUCUGUUGACGAACAGCUGAAGGCCAAGCAGCAUUUGCGAGAUGAGAUCGCCGAGAUGGGGCACAGUCUCUCAGAAGACGCGGAGAAAUAUGAGGACCGCCUUAUAAUCAGUAACAAGGUUGACAAGCUCAAAAAACACUGGGAGAAAGUACAAGACAAAUCCACGGUCUGGCGAGGGCAGAUUGACUACCUCAUGGAGGAGUGGAAGAGAUACGUGGAGCUGCGCGAGGAACUGGUGGAAUGGCUGAGGAAAUCGGAAGAAUACCUCGGGAAAGAUGACAACGCGUACAACUAUAAUGUCAGCGAGCUGGAGGAGCAAAUGGUGAAACACAAGGAGUUUGAGGAGGAUGUUGAGCUGUGGCGAGGUAGCAUCACCGCUGUCACCCAUUGCGGUGAGAACCUCUGCCGCGAAUUCCCGCAUUAUGAGUCCGCUGAGCUUAAGCACAAUUUGGCCGAUAUGAAGAACAGAUGGGACUCCGCGUGUCACAAGUCUGAGGCGCGCCGAGAGCAUCUGAAAGAAGCGUACGAACGCAUGGUCCAGUUCCACGAAGAGAUGAUUCACGCGCUCACGUGGCUCACAACGGCCGAGUCGAAAGUUGCGGAAUUGGACAGCGCGGUGGACACCACGGAAGCGGAGGAUCGCGACGCACUCAAAGCGGAAAUCAAGAAUCUCGAAGAGGACAUCAACAACCACCAGGAGAUGUUUGCAUCGCUCAACGAGAACGGACAUCACAUCAUGACCGAGAUGGAGCCUGGGGAUACCCUCACGGCCGUCCAAUCAAAACUCGACGAUAUGAAUGACAGGUGGCAAUCACUAAACGUACGCACAAUCGACAUCCGGGACCGUCUGGAGGAGACGGCCACUGAGUGGCGACAGUUGCUGAUGGACCUGCAGGAGAUCCUCGAGUGGAUCUCGCGCGCGGACGAGGAGAUCACCUCGCAACAGCCGAUAGGAGGGGACCUGGAGGCGGCGCAGAACCAGAACGAGCAGCACCAGGCCUUCAAAGGGAAGGUAAACGUACGGCGCCUGGUGGUCGAUAGGGCCCUGGACUCCGGUCGACGGUUCAUGGAUGACUACCGUGCCGAGAGAACCGCUGACACGGAAGACACGACACCGCGGGGGCGAGUGGCUGGCAACCUGCAGCAUCAGCUUGAAGUGGUGUCAGACCGCUGGUCAGCCUUGUGCCAGCGAUCCGAAGAGUGGCAGAAACAGGUGGAUGAGGCGUUACGGCGUUUCCAGCUGCUCCAGUCCCAAAUGGAAGAGAUUGACGCGCGGCUGACGGAGGCCGAGGUGGCGCGCGCGGGCUGGACACCAGUCCAGGAUCUUGUAAUCGAGUCGCUCAAUGAACAGAUGGAAGAAUUGAAGCUUCUUCAAGACCGCAUCGCCGCACUACAGCACAUGUUUGAGCAGAUGAGCAACACCGAGGGGGACCUGAGAAGGCGCGGUAUUAACAUCUCCGCAAACCUGCAAAACAGGAUUGACCAGUUGUAUCGACGCUGGAAACAGCUACAGCUGCAAAUGAUCCAGCGGCAAAACGCGCUACAGGAUGCGUACGCAGACGUGGACACGGGAUCUAUACAAGCGCUCGCAGCAAGCGUCGAUCCUCCCUGGGAAAGAGCUGUGGCGGUCAACCAGGUCCCUUACUACAUCAACCACAAGACUGAGACCACACAGUGGGAUCACCCCAAGAUGACUGAGCUCUACCACCAAAUCGCUGAACUUAACGACAUCAAGUACAGUGCGUACCGCACCGCCAUGAAGUUACGCUGCAUCCAAAAGGCCACCAAGCUGGACCUGGUGACACUGAACAAUCUCAGCUCGGCAUUUGUGCAGCAUAAUCUGAGCAAGGCGCGCAACGACGCGCUUAUUGGGGUCGCCGAGAUGGUCGAUACGCUGCACACCGUGUUUGACAACAUCGAGGUCGGCUUUGACAACGUCAAUCCAGCCAUCAAUAUUGAUUUGACACUCAACUGGCUUCUCAACGUCUAUGACAGUGGCCGUGUGGGCAAGAUUCGUCUUCUCUCAUUCAAGAUCGGACUUGUCUGUUUGUGCAGAGCUCAUCUUGAUGAUAAAUACAACUAUCUCUUCAAACUCGUCGCUGAUAAUGACGGCAAGAUGGACCACAAACAGCUUGGCCUGUUGCUACACGACUCAUUACAGGUCCCGCGCCAGUUGGGGGAAAUUGCCGCGUUUGGUGGUAGCAACAUCGAACCGAGCGUGCGCAGCUGUUUUGAAAAGGCUCGGGAGAAAGAACGUAUCGAUCCAACACAGUUUGUGUACUGGUUAUCAGCCGAGCCGCAGUCGAUCGUUUGGUUACCGACACUGCAUCGACUAGCUGCCUCCGAGGCCGUCAAACACAAGGCGAAGUGCAGUAUCUGCAAGGAGUACCCUAUUGUUGGAUUCAGGUUCCGGUGCUUGAAGUGUUUCAAUUACGACCUCUGUCAGAGUUGUUUCUGGUCCGGUCGCAUUUCGCACGAGCAUCGUCUAACCCACCCUGUCCACCAGUACUGCCUUUCGACAACAUCUGGAGAAGAUGUGAAGGACUUCCUUUCCAUGGUCAGGAACAAGUUUAAGGCUCGCAAGUACAAGAAGAACCCACCCAAGAAACUAGGCUAUCUCCCCAUUCAGACGGUCAUGGAGGGUGGAAACCUAGAAGCGCCUCCAAGCAUGACGCCUCAGCAGAACGUCAAUAACGAGGUCCACAACCGACUCGGCAUGUUCGCUAACAGGCUCGCGGAAGCAGAAUCCGAUGGAGGAAAAUACAGUCCGAAGCCGAUGGACGAGGAACACCAGCUAAUCGCUCAGUACUGCCAGAGUCUCAAGAGUGAAUCCACCGACGCGCCUCGCAGCCCCACACAGAUCGUCAUGUCACUGGACGCCAAUGAGAAAGACGACCUUGAAAGCGAGAUCGGCAAGCUGGAGGACGAGAACAGAGCUUUACAAUCCGAGUACGAAAGGCUCAAGUCGAUGCGCGACGCUGAUCACUCCUCGGACGGCGACCUGUCGACUGGGUCCCAGUCACGUGACACCGAGUUACUGACGGAAGCCAAGCUCUUGCGUCAACACAAAGGGAGACUUGAAGCGAGGAUGCAAGUACUCGAAGAUCACAAUCGACAGCUGGAGGCGCAGCUGCAGCGGCUACGACAGCUACUAGACCAGCCGAGCCAGGAUAACCGAGGCGCGCCUAAUCCAUAUACGCAUGGGUCCACUCCCACCUCCUCCAUCAGCUCCAUGGGGGAUCCGCCCUAUAUGUCCGGCCGAUCUCCGCGCCCGAAUAGGUCACGAGGACCCGACAGCGAUUCGGAAUCCGAGUCUAAUCCUAGUCCUGUCGUUCCCGAACCGCCGAGGAAUGGGCUACCGCACGAAACGAGGAAAAGUGAGUGAAGAAGAUCCAAAGACUCUGUUAGCGAUCUAUUCAGUACUGCUCAAGACGUCAACAAAGCUGUCGAAGACCUAGUCCACGUAAUGACGGACGACAAUGAGACAUAGCCAAUAAGAAACGCCGACAUUUCUAAUUCCAAUUAUGAAGUCAUAGCGUCACGUGAAUUGAGCACGUGACAAGAAUGCGCGCGCGUAUGAUUCAGAAAAGCGGCAAAUCGCUUUACGAAUCGAGGAUGUAUUCUGAACCCGCUAGGCUUACAUUGAAUUGUAAAUUCGCAACAUAUUUUUGUGUCCCAAUAUAAGGUAACCAACUAUAAAUGCCAAAAUUAAUGGAAUGUAAUACAAUAACGGCAAUCAAGCCAAGAAUUUUUCAGUUAUUGAGUUAGACAGAGAACAAUUCGAAUUGAUAAGGGAGUAGUUUUUCUCUCUUUGCAGCAUAUCUGUAGUUAGCCAAGCUUGUCUUCUACUUAUUGUAGUUCAGUGAUAUCUAUUUCGUGAUAUUCACCUAGCAAUAUUUACCUUUUCUUGAUAUUCACCCAGAGGAAGUCACCUGAUGUUAUUCACCUUAUGUCACUAACCCAGUGAUAUAUCAACCAAAGUGACUAUAACCACCUAAUGUUCCAGCCUUGUGAAAUUCAUUCCAACGAUACCAACUUAAGCUUCGUGUGUGACUCACUUGGAAUGCUUCUUUGCGAUUAUGUUGCUAGUGUGAAUGUAUUAUUCUGAUCUAAUUUUGUGUCGAUAUUCUUGGCUUUAUUGGAUCUAGCAAUUUAUGCAUAAAUAAAAUUUUAGUUCAUGUUAA